UAUUUCAGUCGCAAGUAUCGCUGCGAACUAAUGACACUGCGGCCACAAUCAUCGGAAUAACACCAUGGACGGCUUUGACGCUACUCAAGCUCCAGCUGCUUACAGAGCCGUUGAGCCCAUUGUUAAUAUUCUCACCUUAGCCAUGACGCUGGGCUGGCUAGUCAACUACGCUAGCAUGAUUCAUAUUUCUUUCAAAGAGAAGACAUACGCAAUGGGCAUUAUGCCUCUCUGUUGCAACAUUGCCUGGGAAUUUUCUUACGGAGUAAUAUACCAACCAAAAAAUCGAUUGGAACUGGUCGUUACGGUAACUGCGCUUAUAGUCAACGUCGCGAUCAUGUACAGCGCCAUGAGACACUCACCCAAUGAAUGGUCCCACGCACCCUUGGUCCAACGGAACCUUCGGUACAUCUUUGCCGUGUGUACUCUUGGCUUCCUGACUGGACAUAUAGCUUUUGCGGCAUACAUUGGUCCUGAAGUUGCAUAUACAUGGAGUGCGGCGUUCUGUCAAUUGCUUCUCGGCACCGGUGGCCUGUGUCAGUUGCUCUGUCGGGGAAGUAGUCGUGGGGCGUCGAAUCUUCUAUGGAUAUCGAGGUUUAUUGGUUCUCUUAGCGUACUGGGUAUGGCUGCGUUACGUUGGAGGUACUGGCCUGAGGCAUUUGCCUGGCUGGACAAUCCUCUGAUUUUGUGGUCGGCGGGGAUGUUUCUCUUUCUAGAUUUGUCAUAUGGCCUUUGCUAUUGGUACAUCCUGAGAGUCGAAAAGAAGGAGGCCUUAAGACAAGAACACCUUGCGAAGUCUUAAUGAUUGGUGAUUCACUAGUACUUUGAGCUGGCAUUUGGGAUCGCCGGGGGAUACAAGGACUGCCACGUCAUGCAGGAAGAAACGAGAGCCCGGAUACCAUGAGAAAACAACAUUGGGUCUCCCCAUUGUACUUGGACAACAAUCGGACAGUCGAUAGCAUAUGUGGUACUUUUUGUAACGCACGGUGGCAGACUGGCCUGCUGCUGUGUUUAUCGUGGGCAUAGUCAUUGAAGUCACCGGGUAGUUAGUAUUACUUGUACCUCUUCGCUAUUCUCUUUCAUCGAUCGACAAAAUGUCCUGCAAGUCCUCUACAAAGGGUAUCCCGACUUUCGACGAAAGUAAUAUUUGCCUAGAGCUUCGACGACUGGGCUACUGCCACUACGGCCAAUCGGAAGAUCUACGAAGGCUAUAUUGUAGUUGGAGCGGAUGGCGUAAAUAGUCGUGGAGGGCCGACAUCUGAAAG